UAGCGCUGUCCACUUCAGCACCAGGCAGGAUAACAGUCAGCUCGAACUUUGGAAUCCAGGACCACGAACAAAACCUUCACAAGAGGACGGCACCGCUCAGCGUCACACGGUGUCCGAAAUACAUAAACCAUCACCGCCGUCAGACGUCCAACAACUCCGUUAUUCACGAGAGAGAGAAGAACAAGAGCGUUGUGGCCAUGUACGAUGGGACGAGGGUGCCUUCCCCCCAGGACAGUGUCAACGGUGUGCCCCCUGCUGCCGUGAACCUGGCAGGAACAGAUGUGGGGUCAGGCGGGUCAGCGUCAGUGCCCACCCCGGCCGUGCAGCCCAAGCCAGAAGAAGAGGGGCCUGAGGUGGAAGAGGAGGAGCCCAGACCAGAGCCUGUCCUGGUGAAGAAGGCCCAUAGGGAGAUCCUAGACCACGAAAGGAAGAGGAGGGUGGAGCUGAAGUGCAUGGAGCUGCAGGAGAUGAUGGAGGAACAAGGGUACUCUGAGGAGGAGAUCAGGCAGAAGGUCGGCACCUUCAGACAGAUGCUGAUGGAGAAAGAGGGGGUAAUCACCAGAGAGGGAGCACAUACACGCCCACCGGUCAAACAUAUGGUCCAUGGAGAGCAUGGAGAGGAGCAGACCGACCCAACCCUGGCUGAAGGUUACCAGGAGGACACAGACUGGCAUGGAGACUACUACGAUAAAGACGGUUAUAGAAUGAAGAGGAAAUCUAGCAGCUCUCCAUCUCCUCGACCAAAGAAGAGGAAGAAAAAGAAAUCUGGUCGCAGAAGGAGUCGGUUCGACAGCUCCUCUCCCUCCCGCAGAGAGAAGAAGAAGAAAAGUGGAAAGAAACACAAGCGAGACAGGUCGACAUCUGGUUCCAGGAGAAAGAGGAGAUACAGAUCCGGUAGCCCAAAGAACAAACAGAAAGACAAGAACAAAACCAGAAAGAGGUCCCCAGUAGAGUCCCCCAGUAGGAGGUCUCAACGUAGAGGCAGCUGCUGUAGCUCCCGCAGUGCAUCACACUCCUCCACAGGCCACAGCCCCUCCAAGUCCCCCAGCAGGCCCAACUCCAAGCACAAGACAGACGGACACAAGGCCUGUGUGAGCCCGUCCCCGUCUCCCGGUCCUGGCGGUCCUGUCGCGUGGCACAACGGGCACCACCACCAAGACCAUGCCCGCAACGGCAAAGCCGGCAGACUCAACCACAACCACGUGGCCGAGGGCAACAAAGGGCAAGAUAAGCUGAGAAUGCUGACUGCUGCUACUCCGGGAGACCAGUCGACCAUGAUGCUGCCUCAGCUGAGAGGAGGAGAGCACAAGACCCACAAUGCCCUUUACAGGACCCCAGGAGGAGGUUCUGCAAUCCAGGCUGGAGAGGCCCUACACGGAGAGGAAAGGCAGUCGAUAGGGUCGUCGGGCAGACGCGGAGGUCACAGAGGUCACAGAGCUCAUGGGAAGAGCUCCCAUUCGCCAGCUCACAGCAGUGACUCCGCACACUCUCAACGUAACCUGCAUCCUCACAGAGGAAAAAGCUCUCACCGGAAGAAGACUAAAGGGGGCCACUCGUCCAAGCGGCACCACCAUGGGGUUCGGGGACAGGCCCAUCACCAGAGCCAGUCUGGCUCCCCGGGGCGGCACCGCCACACAUCUGGGUCAGGCAGGAAGAAGAGUGAGUCUCGGGGGCGCGGUGGCAUGGGGGUCCGACAGCGUAGCAGCUCCUGGAGCUCCGGACGCUCUUCAUCACGCUCCGGCUCCAGAGAGAGAGGCCCCAGCAAGGCCAAGUCCCCCCACCCCCACCCCCAUGCCAGACAGAACAACUCCAGGGAGAGAGACAGCCCUCACCACUCUGAUGCUGACCGUGCUCGUCGUCGCUCCAGGAGCUAUUCUCCCAUCAGGAAGAGGCGACGAGACUCUCCCAGCUUCAUGGAGGCUCGCAGGAUCACCAGCGCUCGGAAGCGGCCUAUCCCGUACUACCGUCCAAGCCCCUCCUCCUCCAGCUCCAUGUCUAGCCCCUCCCACUCGGAGAGGAGUCGCAGCCAUGACAGCUACAGCAGCUAUAGCCGCAGUCGCAGUCACAGCCGCACCAGGAGCCACAGCCGCUCCCGCAGCCGCAACCACAGCUACUACAGUCGCAGCAGUUACGAGAGCCCCGGCUUCUGAGGAGAGAGAGACAGAAAGAAAGGGCGAGGGAGAAAGAGAGCGAGCGAGGGGGUAGAUAGAGAGGGAAAAAGAGAGACAGAGACAGAGAGAAAGGGCGAGGGAGAAAGAGAGCGAGCGAGGGGGUAGAUAGGGAAAAAGAGAGACAGAGAGAGAAAGACAAUAAAAAUCAUGUAAUGUAUUCGUAUGUCCCUGAAUGGUUCAAACACAGGGCCAGACCUCUGGUCCAUUUUUACCCUCAGUCUCCAUCUCUGUAUACUUCAUGUUAACCCGCGUUAACCCGCAAGUAUGGGUAGCUGCUGCCCAUUAUGGCGACCGGAGUAUGGGCAUUGGGUGUAUAGAAAGCGAAUAAUCUAAUCGGGCAGAUUUGUUGCCACUCAAGACCGUUUUGCAUUGCUGAUUGGGCUGCACGAUGAGUCAACCAGUGCAUCUGUGUUGUAUCAACAUGCCUGCUGACUUGAGGUGCUUCCUACUGGGUAUUACGGUCGUGUCGCUGACGGUAAUCUUAUGUGGACAUUUUCUUCACACCGGUGCAGCCUUGACAAGAAAUAGCUAAUACUGAUAACCAUCUAGAUAUCACCUUGAUGCAGUCUACUACUCAAUGGGAAGGGCAUGAACGUCAAGAACACCGCGACACCACUACCUAGUAGGCAAUAUCAGAGUGACAGUCACAGUAGGCACACGUGUACAACGCAUGAAGCAACAAUACACCCAUCAUCAAUACCUUUAAUCUAAAAUAAACAGUCAUCAGUUUUCUAACUGAAAGUGUACAAUUAUUUGUGUAAAACUAACACUGAAAUACAACUCCGACUCAAGCAGAAGUCCAAACUCUCGCGGUAUGGUAGGUCAGUGUACGGCAGUAGCGUGGUAAGAAACGGUAACAACAACAAAAACGGCUCAGUCAAAACCUUCUAACCUACAGCAGAGCGAUUCCGACACACUCUCUCCUUUCCACACGCCCACUACUUUCCUUUCGACACACCCACUACUUUCCUUUCGACACACCCACUACUUUCCUUUCGACACACCCACUACUUUCCUUUCCACACGCCCACUACUUUCCUUUCCACACGCCCACUACUUUCCUUUCGACACACCCACUACUUUCCUUUCGACACACCCACUACUUUCCUUUCGACACACCCACUCGCCCAUACUCCGGUCGCUUUAUUGCUACUCCUUUCUCUUAACCUGAGCCUGGAUCAAUGGAAGGAAGAGGGAGGUUUUUAAUAUUAUAGCACAUUCAUUUGAAAUAUCCAUUUUUUUUCCACAAGUGGGAGGGAAAAAAUCGAUAUAUCAAAUGAAUGUGCUAUAAUAUUCAAAUGGAUGCAACACACUGGUAAUUAUUUCAAAUAACAUUCCCCGGAUCAUGGUUUUAGAAAAUACAUGAUAAAGCCUAAAGAACAAGUCUGUAAGCACUUUCUCCAUAAUCUUCCACGGAGCAAAAGUAACCAGAAAAUAAGUUGUUAUUUUAUUUGAUAUAUUCUAACAUUGGGACACUUCAUGAGUUUGUGGAAGAAGAGGAAAAUAAGUUGUUAUUUUAUUUGAUAUAUUCUAACAUUGGGACACUUCAUGAGUUUGUGGAAGAAGAGGAAAAUAAGUUGUUAUUUUAUUUGAUAUAUUCUAACAUUGGGACACUUCAUGAGUUUGUGGAAGAAGAGGAAAAUAAGUUGUUAUUUGAUUUGAUAUAUUCUAACAUUGGGACACUUCAUGAGUUUGUGGAAGAAGAGGAAAAUAAGUUGUUAUUUGAUUUGAUAUAUUCUAACAUUGGGACACUUCAUGAGUUUGUGGAAGAAGAGGAAAAUAAGUUGUUAUUUUAUUUGAUAUAUUCUAACAUUGGGACACUUCAUGAGUUUGUGGAAGAAGAGGAAAAUAAGUUGUUAUUUUAUUUGAUAUAUUCUAACAUUGGGACACUUCAUGAGUUUGUGGAAGAAGAGGAAAAUAAGUUGUUAUUUGAUUUGAUAUAUUCUAACAUUGGGACACUUCAUGAGUUUGUGGAAGAAGAGGAAAAUAAGUUGUUAUUUGAUUUGAUAUAUUCUAACAUUGGGACACUUCAUGAGUUUGUGGAAGAAGAGGAAAAUAAGAGUCACAAAUGGAAAAUAAGUCAAAUGAAAUCAAACACUACUGGGACAUUUUUUUCUCCAAUGUCAUUACAUCAUUUCCCCAAAGACACUAAUGCUCUAUUUUAGGAACUUGAGAGAUCAAGAGAAGCGAUAAAGAACAAAACAAAAGUCGGCUGACAAUUUAGCACACAGAAGGGAACUGGUGUAUGUUUUUCUUUAAAGGUUGUAGCAUAUAUGUCAGGAUAUAUAAAUGAUUCUAAACUGUAAGUUCUGGCUUGUAAACUAUGCACUGUAUAUUCCAUGUGAUUUUGAAGAGGCUUGUUAUUUGAUGGUGACUUUGUAUGAUGAUGCACCAGGAAGGAGGAAGACUGCUGCUUGUACCAGAGAUCCCUGCUGGCUGCCACUAUAGGUCCCAGGGUGCAUCUGUCACGGACACUACAGCACUACAGGUCCCAGGGUGCAUAUGUCACUAAAGUACUACAACUCCCAGGGUGCAUCUGUCCUCACUCCGCCCAUUCUGAUCUGUAUUGUACGUGGCGUACCAGACCUGUAAUUACACACAGAGGCAAGAAGGGAUAUAAAAACCAAUGUAUUAUUAUGUACUUUUCCCUAUUCCACUAUUUAUUGUGUUCAAACUAUUAAAGUUGCAAUAUGUACAUUUUGGGGUGGCCUGACCAAAUACACAUAGAAAUGUGAGUUAUAGAUCUGUUAUUCGCAUUGAAAGCUUGUCUAAGAAGCAGUAGAUCUGUUCUAUGUGUGCUAUUUCUAUUAUUCUUGUUCUUAGGUUUCGUUUUUGCAUCUUUUACUUUCAGUUUUGUACACCAGCUUCAAACGGCUGAAAAUACAAUGUUUUGGGUUAUUGACAAUAUAUUUCACAGCGGUUUAGCUGGUACAAUGAUUCUCUACACUAUGCAUUGCGUGUUUUGUCACGUAAACUGAAAUUAGGCAAACUAUUAGAAUUUCUGCAUACUGCACCUUUAAUGUAAAUACUACUGUACCUCUUUUGCAAUGACCAAUGAGGUGAAGUCGCUCUGUAAAGAUGCUCUUUCUUAAGAUACUUCAGAAACCUUCUGCAAAAGCAUCCAUGUAUUCUUGUGGUUCUAUAUUUUAUCCACAGCUAUUUAUUACAUUAUUUAUUCCAAUUAUCUAUUAAGUUAUUUAUUGUUUAUUUAUUUGAUCAUUUAUUUGUUUUGUCUCAUAAAAUGUUCUUAAAGCAAUUUGAAGAAUCGUGUCAUUGAGAUACUAAUAUAUCAUGGGAGAAUUGCUGCAAAUGUAUGUAUUCUCAUCUCUGAAUAUACAGUAUGUCCAUUGAUGUAUUAACCUAAAUCCUUUUUAUUUGUGAUGAAAGCUUCUGCUUCCUUUAAGAAUAGGGGAGUGAGCUGAGUUGGCGGUAGCUUGUUUCUAUGGCGGUGUUCCCUUACCUGAUGUAUUUUAUAAUGCUCUUACACAGGGUUCAUUACAGUACUGGAACAGUCCACAGAGACCAUGUAUUAAACGUUUGUGUUGAUGCAAUCUUUUAUUCUUCUGCCUGUCUGUUUCCUGGUGCAGGGGAUACAUAGUUAAAGUUACGUAGAGGGGCUGUUACUCUGCAGGGCUCCAAAGGUCCACUUCUACCAACUCCUUCUGUCCAAAACGUUGAUCAGGCCUGGAUUAUCUCUCUCCAGACAUAGACGGGUUGAUUGCGCUAAUUUGUUGUUGGUCUAAACAAUCACAUUGCCCCUGCUGUAACAGGCUGGCCCUAUCCCCUGCACCCUGCUUCUACCAGAGGUGUCCUAGUAACUGGCUCUGACCUGGCAUGAGGUCUCAGACAGAGGGUCAACUCAUUUUGCAAGCCGGUGGUCAGCUAAACUACGUACACAGCAAAUGCCCCUGCUUUCAAAACGCUUGAACCCAGACACAGGUAGUCCCACAAGAAGCCCAUCAUGUUCCCUGCCUCAGUUUAUUACUCUGUGAUGAUGCAAUCAGGGAACCCCUUCAGUCUUCCUUCCCAUUCGUCAUGCCUCCUGUCACUCAUGCAGUGUUACAUUAAAAAUGUAACCAGAGUUACUGUAACCUAGUAUGAUAUUAAACAAAACCUGUUCCGAUAUUAAGAGUACAGCACUAAACCUUUGGAUUGUAUACAAGUCAUUUAGUUGUAGUGUAAAAGUUAUUAUACAGGACAAUAAAUAUAAACCAAUGAAAAAUGA